GGGCUGAGGGAGGCCGAUUCCCCGCGGCUGCACUCAAGGUGUUCGUCGGAUUGCCGCGCCGGCUCAAGCGGCCGACCGCGCGGUGCUUCCUCCGUGCCACGUUCCUGUAGCACGGGCGGUCGCAGCGCCCAGCGAGGGGCGGAAGGAAGAGGCGAGGAGAGAGUGCUUCGCCGGCCAUGUCAUCUCUGGCGAGCUGGCCGCCGCUCUCCGUGCUGCCAGACGGCGUUUCCAUGUCACCGGCAUUGGCGAAGAACAUCGGCGCCAAAUUCCUUCGAUGCAGCAGCUUUAGUUGUCGGCCUACUGCUCUGGUCUCUUGCGCUGGGUCAUCCAGCGGAGGUAUGGCCAAGGAAUCGGCCUACGGUAAGCAGCAGGCGUACAAAGCGGACGCCUCUGCGGAUAAUGAAGAGGGUGGUUCGGAGUGGAGCAAGGACGAGAUCGAGGCCAUCUCGGCGCUGUUUGCCCGGCCGAUGCGCCGGAAGCCAGUGAAGCCGCCGAACCCGGCGACACAGCGGCCUCUCCCGCUGCCGCUGCCCCACAAGACGAGGCCACCCGUCACUCCAGCACCGACGCAGCACGUCCGGCUGGCUUCACGCUCCAUGUUCAGCGACAAGGUGCGCAAGAACCCCGAGGUCCUCAUUGGGAUUGCCAAGGAGAUCGCUGCGCUCCCGCUGGAGUCUGAUGUGUGCAAAGUGCUGGACCGCUGGGUCCCCUUCCUCCGGAAAGGCUCCCUGUCCAUGACCAUCCGGGAGCUCGGGCACAUGGGGCUUCCUGAGAGAGCGCUUCAGACACUGUGUUGGGCACAGGGGCAGAAGGCAGUGCCUCUGUUCCCUGAUGACCGGAUCCUCGCUUCGACCAUCGAGGUUUUGGCGCGCUUCGACGAGCUGAAGUUGGAGUCUGCGCUUGAGGAGUGCGUCCCCUCGGCGAGCCGCGCUGUCCUCGAAGCCAUGGUGAGGGGGUUCAUCAGGGCUGGCAAAGUAGGCCUGGCACGCAAGCUCCUUGAACUUGCCAGGAUGAACAAGAGGACACUGCACCCAAGCAUCUACGCGAAGCUGAUUCUGGAGGUUGCCCGGACACCUGAAGGCUAUGGGCUCGCUGCUGCACUGCUUGAUGAGCUCGGUGAGAGGCCAGAUUUUGACCUGCGACAGCAGGACUGCACAGCUGUCAUGAAGGUCUGCAUAAAGCUCAGGCGGUAUGCAGCCGUGGAGAGCCUGUUCAGCUGGUUCAGAGGGUCUGGCGGGAACCCAACUGUUGUGAUGUACACUACAGUGAUCCACAGCCGCUCCCGUGAUGGGAGGCACCGAGAGGCGUUGGCCCUGGUUUGGGAAAUGGAACAGGCAAACUGUCUUCUUGACCUGCCGGCGUACCGGGUCAUCGUGAAGCUGUGUGUGGCAUUGCGUGAUCCAGAAAGGGCUUUUCGGUACCUCUCGAGGUUGAAGGAGGCUGGAUUCGUUCCGACCAGUGACAUAUACUGUAAUUUGAUUGAAGGCUAUGCCGCAGCAGGGAGGAUGGCCAGGUGCCGGCAGCUGAUCAGGGAGGCUGAGUCAAUCGGCGUGUUGCUAGACAAGAGGCUGAUCUCAAGCUUGUCUGAGAUGGGUGAUAGACGUCCUUGAACCACUGGAAAGUAAAAGUCUCUGCUUGUGUAAUUAUCUAGAGGAGUUGAUGAUAACCACGAUGCUUCAUCAGCUACUCAAUCGUCGACGCCUCCACCUCGGUACUAUUUUUGAACCGUCUAAGUUUUCUCCUCAGAAUUUUCAGAUAAUGUCAGCUUUUUUCUGAGGAAAGGCCUAUGAUAUUGGUAAAUGGGGUUUACAAAACAGAUGUAAUUAAUAUUUUGUUGCUCUUUUUAAAUUUGAUGGCAAUCUUUUUGCCAUCUGAACAGAAAGUUUAUAAAAGAAUAUUUGACUGGGAAACUGUAAGGUAGUCUGUCAUUUAGCAGUGGUAGUGCACUUACAGGACCAUAAGGGGCUUAAUCAUGAGCAAGGAACUGAAAGUUGACUUUUUUGGAAGAGCAGUAUGAUUUCCCCAAGAGAAGCUCCCAUUAUCGUCUUCUGUUGUUUUGGUCUGAAUAUUCUGAAGAAUACGUCUGAAGAUAAGGAAAUCAUCUAAGGAGCGGCAGCUGGAACGGAUCCCGGGGGUCAUCAACUUAUAGCGCCUUCUUGACAGGUACAGAGUCGUUGAUAGCAGCAGAGUGAAGUCUUGGGAGGAGCUGCUUCGACCCAUUCUAGUUGUCUAGUCCAGCCAUGGAUAGGCAGAGUUGCCCUUCCUCUGAUGGAAGACGUGGCAAAGUUAAUGAAUUUGUUAAGUCAGGUUCAGGACUUUGUAUGAUAGCUAAAAUCAAAGUAAACCCUUUAUAUAUAAUUCAGUGCAAAUUUCUGUGGAAAAUACAUGUUGGCUACACUAGCAUAUGUCUGUAAAAGAUUAUUGUACCGAAAAGAUUAUUGCAUCUCUGAAAAUUUUCAGAGAUUUGUUCUGGAAUUGUUUGUUGUCUGAACAAGACACAUA